CAUACUGAAGGUUGAGGCGAGCGACGCAGACGAGGGCUUGAACAGCGAGGUGCAGUACCACAUGUACGAGGCCAACAGCUCCGAGGCCCUCACACUUUUCAAGGUUGACCCAUCCUCUGGUCAGGUCACCCUCGCCCUCAGUGCCCAAGGUCGAGAGAACGAGGUGUACCAGUUCUUCAUCCGCGGUGAGGAUCGUGGGUCUCCACGCCACCACAGUGACGUGCCCGUCACCAUCUUCCUCCUGUCCACAAAUGAUCGAUCUCCAUACUGUGCCAGACAGUAUGCCCAGUUCUUUCUCACUGAAGACGCCCCAGUUGGUACUGUAAUAACGUCAUUGUGGAUGGAGGGGCCGCAGACGGUGCAGUACUCCAUCCUGGCAGACGAAGCAACAGAGAGACAGGUGGAGGUCACGGGGGGCUCCCACCAGAUUUCUGGAGCUUUUGCUGUGACACCGACUGGGCUGGUUGUGGUGCGACGCGCCCUGGACCAUGAGCGGCGACGCAUCCACCGCAUCACGGUCACCAACCACACGCUCUCCACACCCCCAGCUCUUGACUAUAUGACCAUCUCUGUUGUGGUGAUGGACGUGAACGACUGCUCGCCAAGGUUCUCGUCGACGACCUACGAGGCAAUAGCUGCAGAGAACAGCGAGGUGGGCGCCGUCAUCACCAUCCUUAUGGCUACCGAUGACGAUGAUGGCAACAAUGGUCAGGUCCAGUACAGUCUCAGUUCCGGUGAAGAUGUCACUGUGAGGUCAACAUUCCGUAUUGACCCACACUCGGGGGCAGUGACCCUAGCGGCUCCACUAGACAGGGAGUCCAUGGCUAGGUACUCCUUCACCGUAGUGGCUACCGACGGGGGCCCCAAGCCACUCUCCACCUCGGCAAGGGUCACCGUGUUAGUCAAGGACUACAACGACAACCCGCCAGUGUUCACCAGAGAUACCUACGUCACUGCCGGUGUGUUGACCCGGAGCAAACCUCCUUAUUCCUUACGUACUGUGUUGUGA